UUCUCAGUCAAUAAAACAAUAACAGCAAAAAGUAACGUCACAACACAAGAAGUACUGGAUGAUGUGGAUAUUUACAAUCAGCUGAGACCAAACUAUCGUUUGUCAUCGACGAACAAAGUCUUUACUACUUUAAACUCCCGCGGCCUCUGUCUACGACUUUUGAAGGAUGAGGAUACACUCAGAGUGCCACAUGCCCAGGUGACAGCGAGGACAUGAGGCUGGACUCUCUCUCUCUCUCUGUGCGUAUAAGCGUGUCGAGAAGCUUCAGAGGGUUACGGUGAGCUACUGCCAGGAAAGGCUGGCUCUGGUUCCCACAGCCAGUCCCCAGAUGCCCAGAGCGAAGAGGGCAGGGUGCCUCAUCUGCUGUGCAGAGAAUACAAAUAGACGCCAUCAAUAACAGGAUGUUAAUGCUAGACGGAAUGCCUGCAGUCCGAGUCAAAGCAGAACCUCUGGAAUCUGAGAGAGGGUCACCCAAAGUGCACGGCUAUCCUGAUAUGGAGGGGGUGCCACUCCUGCUCAGCAAAGUGAAGGCAGAACCUCCAGAAGACCUGCUCUCAUCCGAGCAGUUCCAGACCCAGACGGAACCCGUGGACCUGUCCAUCAACAAAACACGGACGUCAUCUCCUUCAUCUAACACCUCACCUGUUACCUCAGCCUUCUCUCCAUCCUCCUCUUCAUCAUCAUCGUCCUCACCUUCCGUCAUCGCCUCCGUCUCCUCGGGAAUGCCCUCCGUUUUGACACCCGGGUCGUUGGUGGGCUCUUCUCAUGGAAUUAGAGGCCAGCAGUUUUUGCACAUCAUCCACCCCGUCCCCCCUUCGAGCCCCAGUAAACUGCCCAGUCAGGUGCACCGUAUCCCUGUGGUGGUGCAGUCACUACCCCUCAUGUACACCACAGCCGUACGCUCUCCUUCCACUCUCAACUCCACCAUCAUGUUACCUCUCCUGGACGAGGCCAAGUGCCAGGGCAAAGCACAAACAGACCCCAAUGGCCUGUCGCCAAGACAAAUCAAAAGUGACAGUGAUGAUGACGACCUGCCAAACGUGACCUUGGACAGUGUUAAUGAAACAGGAUCCACAGCGCUGUCUAUAGCACGAGCAGUGCAGGAUUCCAUGUCACCAUUCAGUAUUGAGAGCAUUCGACGGCCACAGCCACCUGAUUCUCCAGACUCCAAGAAAAGACGUAUCCACAGGUGCGACUUUGCAGGCUGUAAUAAAGUUUAUACCAAGAGCUCCCAUUUAAAGGCACACCGGAGGACACACACAGGUGAGAAGCCAUACAAGUGCACCUGGGACGGCUGCACAUGGAAGUUCGCCCGCUCGGACGAGUUGACACGGCAUUACCGUAAACACACAGGAGUCAAACCCUUUAAGUGUGGGGACUGCGACCGAAGCUUUUCCCGCUCAGACCAUCUGGCCCUGCAUCGUCGCAGACACAUGCUGGUCUGAACACACUCACUCACACACACACACACACACACACACGGGAGAGCUGGAUCUCCCCCAAUAGUGUUCAGCUGGGCUGGAUACAAAAACGGCCAUCCCUGCCCCUGAGAAAGAAAGAGAGAGAGAGGAUAAAAGAGCAAGUGAAGGAGGAGUACAAUGCUUUCCCCACAUUUGCAGAGCUAAACAGGGUCCAUUCAGGGAGGGAGGAGGCUCAUCUACAGGCCUGAAACAUUUGGAGUCCAGGAUGUUUAUUGUCUCAUGUGUGUUCAAAGGAAUAUUUCACUCGGAAAAAACGUUUGUUUUCUGAUUUUUCCAUUCUGAAUCAUCAUUGUGUUCUGUUUAAACAUCGCUGCUUCUCAGUCAACAUCUACAAUGUGAAGAAAAGCAGAGUGGAAUGGCUUUACGUGUUGUUCUGGAAGAUGCAAAGGGGAGCUUGACCGGGAAUUGUAUGCUUGCACAGUUUUUUUACAUUUACCUUUUUGUGGAACAUCAAGAGCCAGACGCAUCUGUGAAGGAUCAUGCAGUUCUUCUGAUGAUGGAGACUUUGGGCCAGUGAUUCCGGACGUUUCAGAGGGUUGCCAUUUACAGGUUAACAUACCAGCGAAUGAGAUUACACAAAAAACAACCUAUAUUUUGGGUCAAUAUAUCUUCUGGUCUCCCCAACUGUUGAUUUUAAAUUGAAAUUGAUUCAAUUUGAUAAACAGACAAAACAUAUGUGGGCUUCUGCAGUCUACCAUCCAAAUUUGUCUCAAUUACAUUACACCGACUCACUAAUUAGAGUAAAUCUGUAAAUCUGGAUAAUGAGGGUCUACUCAGACAGGUAACUUGUGGUAGAAGAGCAAUAUACUCAUUCUGAGCACCAGAUGGGUGAGCUGGAAUGGCUCUCACCCUUAUACAGUACGUACUUAUCUAUCUAUCUAUCUAUCUAUCUACUUACUGUACAUAUCUAUCUAUCUGUCCAUCUGUCUGUCUAUCUAUCUAUCAAGUACGUACUUACAUCAGGUGGUUUUGAAACACGGACAAAACUUGGAUUUCUGCCAGUGCCGCUUUGUUUUCUAUAAUUCAGAUACCUCUUCUAUUUAUAGUGGAUUUCUAGCUGCCACAUUUUGGAGGUGAAGUCACUCACAACUUUGUACAAUAUGCAGAGGAAUCCUCUUGUUGAAUAUCCUCUGUUUUCUUUUCCUUUUGUGAGAUUGCUUUUGGACUAUGAAGCUUAGAUGUAAUUCAUGGUCAGUACUUACUGAAGUCCUGUAAGUAUUGUGUUAAUGCUUCAGUUAAAGUCUUUGAAAAGUGCAUCCAUUUGCUAAUUAUUUUGAAAACACUUAAUUUAGUUAAUGCAUUAGGUGACAUUGAACUAACAAUUUAUGUACACUACUGUUCAAAAGUUUGGUGUCUAUAAGAAUUUUUGAAAGAAGUAUUUUUUUCAUCAAAAAUACAGUAAAACAAAAAUAAUGUAAAUUAAUAUUACAAAUUAAAAUGGUUGUUUUC